GACUCGAAUACUCCUCCCUUUCGGAGUCGCAGAGCCGCCCCCUUUGCAGCACCCAAUUCCAUGGUGAUCGCGUCGGGAGAAGAGGAGGACCGCCUCGACGAAACGUUGGAGCCGCGGAAGGAGGAGCGCCGCUUCGGUUCUUCGCGUCCGCCAAAGCAGCCGCCCCCGCCGCGACUCUCCCGGUCGAGACUGCAUAACUUCACCUUCCCCACCGGCAGCUGGGGUUCCCAUCGCAUCCUCCGCUGCUGUAACCUCCCGCCCGGCGACGCAUCCGGAUCGGUGAAUCCCGCGGCGGUAAGCCGGCCGCCAUCCCCUUCGGAGAUAUUCACCUCCCCGCCGAAGCGGUCCACUGGUUUCAAGGGCUCCAAGGACGGAAAGGGGGGAGGAUGGGAGGAAUCGGAGGCGGAGAGAUCUAUUUCUGCGGCUGUGGCGGCGGCGGAGGCGGCGGGAGCCGCGAGGCCUUGGAAUCUGAGGACCCGGAGGGCGGCCUGUAAUGCGCCGUCCGAGAACGGGCAGUACCAGCACCCUCUCUCGGCUUUCCGGUCUCCGUCGCCUUUGGCCGCCGAGAAAAACUGCCCGGUGACGGAGAUGAUGAAGAGGAGAUCAGAUGGUUCGGAGAAGCGGGAACGCCGGAAAUUCUCGAUCUCGCUGUCGCGCGAGGAGAUUGAACAUGACUUUUGGGUUAUGAAGGGGACGAAGCCCCCUCGGAGGCCAAAGAAGAGGCCUAGAAUCGUCCAGCGACAGCUCGAUUCGCUUUUCCCUGGUUUAUGGUUAUCGGAGGUGACUCCAGAAACGUACAAAGUUGAUGAUUAAGAAGUUUAGGAGUUUGCAGAGGAAGGGAGCAUUAAUGGUGUUUAGAUGCUGAUUAUUGCUGUAAUCCUGUAACGUGGUUAGUUUAAUUUCCUAGAAUUUCCUAUUCAUCUGUAAAAUGAAGUUUGAAUAUAAGUAAUAAAAGUUUGUGUUAUCUCUUCUU